AUGUUUUUGUUUUUUUCCUCUUUGUCUCAAUGCAGAAUCUGGCCAAUCAGACAAUUCCAGUCAACAAGGAGACUCGGACAUCAAACCCCCACCAAACGGACAUCUGAGCUUUCAGGACUGCUUCGUGACUUCGGGGGUGUGGAACGUAGCUGAGCUCGUACGAGUUUCUCAGACCCCUGUUGCAACAGCGUCAGGUCCCAAUUUCUCCCUGGCGGAUCUGGAAAGUCCCGGAUAUUACAACAUCAACCAAGUAGCACUAGGCAGACGUUCACUCGCCUCUCCACCAUCCACAAGGUCUGAGGUGGAGCUGUACGCCAGUCUUCCUCGCAGCUCAAAUAAGCGUAAGUCUAUAGAUGACAGUGAGAUGGAGAGUCCUGUGGACGAUGUUUUCUACAGCCGUUCUCCAGCCGGCACCAGCUCUCAGUCCAGCGGCUGGCCCAACGAUGUGGACGCAGUUGCAGUGCAGCACCAUUUGACGAAUGUUCAAGAGAGGAAGAUAAAGCAUGAGAAUGACGGCGUGCAGUUUCCUUACCAUGGGCUGUCCUCUCCUGGGUCUCUAAAGAAGCCAGCGGGGAAAUUCGAUUUCAGCGCCCUGUCAGCACAGACGAGGUCCCCCCGAAUGGCCUUCACACACCACCCGCUGCCCAUGCUGGCAGGCGUGAGACCAGGGAGUCCACGAGCCUCUGCCUCUGCUCUUCAUUUCCCCGCUCCCUCCAUCAUCCAGCAGUCCAGUCCAUACUUCACCCACCCCACCAUCCGCUACCACCACCAUCAGGACCCGCUCAAAGAGUUCGUCCAGUUCGUCUGUGCUGACGGCUCAGGGCAGCCGGGGGCACAGCCUAACGGGAGCGGUCAGAACAAACUGCCCGGCUCCUUCUUACUGCCACCUCCUCCUCCUCCGGUAGCGCGGCCGGUGCCGAUGCCCCUCUCCCUGCCCGAGCACAAACCCAGCCACACACACCCCGAGAGCGGAGUGGGCUCUCCGGCCUCGCCCUCAGCAUACCCAGCGCCAGGCUCCACAGCUUCCAACAGGUUUGUCGGCAUCGGAUCACGGGACAACAACUUUCUGAACAUCCCACAGCAGACUCAGUCAUGGUUCCUUUGACGAGACUUUUCAUGAACACACAAACACAAAGAAGAUCCACAGCGAAAACUGGAAACAGUCACAAACUUUCCCGCAACGCCCUGUAAAGUGUCACGCAAACACACGCACACACAAACGCACACACAAUUCCCCCCCAAAAAAACACUGGCUCUCUUUCGGAUGAGGAAUCUGGAAGGCUUCAGCAUUAUCCUGCCAGUCUGGAGAACCCACUUGGAGGAUUCCAAAAACAUUGACCAAUCCCGUCGCUUGAUUUUCCCGCCCCUGAUUUCUUCAUCCAUACGUCAUACGCUGAGGAAAAAUCCAUCUCUUCCCACUCAGAACUCUUGUUUUGUUUUUGGAAACUGAAAGCGACUUUUGAAAUGGAAUGUCAAUCACCGGAGGCGUGUGAUUGGAUGGAGAGACUUCGGUUGGAGCCUUCUGAUUGGCUCCUGACUUUUUUUUUUCGCAGUGUGUUUUUACCCGUUGACGAGCAAUAGACUGUGAGCGAAACAACCGAUAACACUAACCGCGUGCAAUUCACCGACAUGUAUGCACUAUUUGAUUAUUGGUAAGGGAUGACGCUUUUUUGGCCUUAGAUUUGCGAUGUGGAGUCAGGCUACAUGUUUCCGAGGUAACACACACAUACACACACACAGCAUCAUAGACACCAGGAAUGGGAAGGGUCAAGCACGAGUGACCGUAAUGUCCAGCUUGUGACUCAUUUAUUUUCAUUUUGUAGUGUUCAUGAAUGAAAAGGCCAGUGAUUUGAGUCAGAAAAGCAAAGCGAUGAUGGUUUUUUGUUUAUUUCACGCAUCCAUCGAUCAAUCUGAGUGCUUGCGGAUUAAUAUAUAUAUCCGGUCAGCCCAUGCAAACGUGGGCUUCUUCUGCUUUGCGUUUGGUUUUGCAGUACUUUUGUUUUGUCACAAAAGCAUUCCAGGUUACAUUUCACCUCAAAAUCAAAUCAGAAAUAUAAGAAUGUGUUUUGAAAACGUGAGCUUAUUUCAUUAGAUACACUGUAAAGUAAUUAUACGACUUAAACUGUCAUAAAUACACUGGGUUACACACAAUUUCAGUAUAAUCCUAUUAAAGUUUAAUUGCUUAAUUGUUUUAUUUACAAAUUUAAGUUGUCCAAAAAAACAUUAAGAAUGGUUUCAACUCAUUUUAAAUAAGUAGUUUGAACAAGCAGCAAAAGUGCAAGUUAAUCAGAUUUUAACUUAAGUUAUUUUAAGUUAAGCCAAAGUUAAGUCAGUUUAUAUUGAAAUGACUUGAUUAUAAAUUUAACUCAGUUCAUUCUAGUUAAGCUUUUAGUGCAAGUUAAUCAGGUUUCAACUUAAAACUUUGACUUAACGUAAAAAUAUAAGUUGAAAUCUGAUUAACUUACACUAAAAACUUAAUUGAAUUGAGUCCAAUUAAUUUCUAAGCCAUUUAGAUAUAAACUGACCUAACUUAAAAAAUUAGGUUGAAACCUGAUCAACUUGCACUAAAAACUUAACUUGAUUGAGUUUGAGUCAAAUUAAUUUCUCAAAAGUCAUUUCGAUAUCAACUGACUUAAAACUAUAAAAAAUGAAGUCAGUUUAUAUCAAAAUGACUUCAAUUAAUUUGACUUAACUCAUCUAAGUUAAGUUUUUUAGUUCAAGUUAAUCAGGUUUCAACUUAAUUUUUUAAGUUGGGUCAUUUUAAGCCCGUUUAAUUAGAAAUGUCUUAGAAAUUAAUUUGACUCAAUUCAAUUAAGUUUUAAGUGCAAGUUAAUCAGAUUUUAACUUAUUUUUUUACGUUAAGUCAAAGUUUUAAGACAAUUCAUAAUGAAAUGACACUCAACUCAGUCAAGUUAGGUUUUUCGUGCAAGUUAAUCAGGUUUCAACUUAUUUUUUUAAUUUAAGUCAGUUUUAAAUCAGUUUAUAUCGAAAUGACUUAAAAAUUAAUUUGACUCAACACAACUCAAUUAAGUUUUUAGUGCAAGGUAAUCAGAUUUCAACUUAAUUUUUUAAGGUAAGUCAGUUUUAAAUCAGUUUAUAUCGAAAUGACUUAAAAAUUAAUUUGACUCAACACAACUCAAUUAAGUUUUUAGUGCAAGGUAAUCAGAUUUCAACUUAAUUUUUUGUUAAGUCAAAGUUUAAAGUCGGUUUAUAUCGAAAUGACUUAAUUUGACUCAACUUAAGCAUUUUAAAAGAAGCCAUUAUGUUUUUUACAGUGUAGUCUUUAAUUGCGAAAUUAUUUUAGGUGAUAAGUCAAUUUACCUACAAAUACUCAUUAUUAUAAUCUCAUUAUGACGCUGUAACUGUGCAUUCACACCAAAGAGCGACAAACUUCGCUCUGGCGACAACGCUAUCUGCCUUCACAGCUGCGGCAGGGAGAGCGUCAAAAUUGACUACAUCGAUCUCGUAUUUAAAUGAGCCGUUGCAGGAUAUCAGCAAAUCAGUUACAUUCCUACAUAAAAAAAUGCUUUCUAGCAUGAAAAUGUUGAGCACGUUUGAUCAAACUCAUUUAACUAUGGAAGAUCAAGAUGUUACGUUGGUGUGGCUUUGCUCCACUUAUCCAAUAUGUGUCCAUAUGUCUGAAAUAUUUUGAAGUCAUUAUAGUUAGCAUAAGAUUCACAUUCAAGAUACACAGAAAACAUCGUAAAUAAUUGGGAAUCUGGCGACUGCAAUAAUCUAACCCUUGGGAACCACUGUGCUCGAAGUGUACAGUACUCUUAAGAGGUAGACUUCAGCAUUGCGAUUGCUUGCCCCUGAACAGCGUCAUAGCUCAUUACCACAAACAUAACUUGAUUUUAACUCUCCUUGACGCCCACACCGGCGAAGAUGCGCCGCGCUGAUCCUCGCCACUUAUUCCUCCCAUUGAAAACGAAUGACUUCCAGCUACUUAAGAUGCUCUCGCCGCUUUCGGUGUGAACGCACAGUCAUGCAAAACACUUGAUGUAUUAUUUAUUUAUUAAUUAUUACAUGCCGUAAAUAAAUAUAUGCUUAAUUGUCAUCAAAAUGAAUAAUAAUACAAAAUGAGACUUUAAAUGUCAUUUUUCUUUUGGUUUCAGGGUGAAAUGUGACGUGUUUUUGUGGCGUUCAUCAAAUACUUGUUUGUUUUCUGGUUUCGUGCGAGUUUUAGUUUGCGUAGCCGGCUGAUCAGACGCUGCAUGUUGGAUUUGUGCUGUUUUUUCCUCCGUGUUCAGCAUAAUAAUCUCUCCUUCAGCUUGAAUGUGACUUACAAACAGACAAUCUCCAGUUUUGCUCUUCAUUAAUCAGAUAUUUGAGGUCGCUUCUAUGACAUGCUCUACCCUUCCUACAAAUCAAACUCUCCAUCACUUGACAGUUCGUUCAUUGUUCACUUGUUUCACGUUGGUAAUUUCGUUUUCUUAGUUCACCGGUUCAGCCUGACUCACAAGACAAUCUUCUCAUUUCAUUUAGCCUUUCAGCACAGUGAUAAACUAAACGCACACACACACAUACACACAAACAUUGCACUAUAACACACACACCCACAUCCUUAAAGGACAAAGGGAAGCCUUUAAACUCGAACCCCUCUCAAAUCAAAACGUGAUCCAAUCCCUAAACCACUGACCUCACUAAAUAACUGGACUGCCUGGCUGUCAAUCACAAGUCAGGGACUCUGAUUGGCUGAGAGCUGACGAUUUUUUUUCUCAUCAUCCACUUGAAACACAUCAAAGUGCCUCGGUGUCCCCUUUACAUGCAAUUCAGGGUCUUCACUUCACGUAUAAGCUACAGAAAAAUAUGUACAAUAUGUAUCAUGGGCUUAGCAAACAGCAUAUGAGCGCAACGGCAAACAUCAUAUUUAUAGAUCUAUGUUAUCCAGAACAUAUCGCACGCAUACUGUGUAUAUAUAUAUAAAAAAAUAUGGACAUAUGUAUAGUUCUUCCGAGCUCUACGGCAGUCUAGUUAUUUUUUGACCUUCAUCCGAGUCAGUGACAUCAUCCAAACCGAUUUAAAUAAACGCGCAAGUCGAUCAUCCGUCGUUUCAGGUCAGUGCGGAUAGAGAUCAAACUUGUUUUUCAGAGAAAACGAAGCAUUUUCUCUUUGUUGAAGAAGUGUUAUUAUUGAUUGAGAGACGACGAAAAAAAAAAACAAGUUCUAUGUGGACUGAGCCGUGUGCAAUGUGUUGGGUAGAUAUCUGUGUUUGUCUUCAGAUUUUUAAGAAAGCAAAGUGGAAAAAAAAAACACGUUAAAAAAAAUGAAUUUAAGAAUAGGUUAAAGUCUGCGAGCUCCGGGACUCUAAACACGAGGGCCUCAAAAAUGAAUCCCAGUCUUUGUAAGCGUUGGGGAAGUUCCUUUUUACUUUUCAUUUAUCUUUUUAUGUUUUAUUUGUAAACUAUUUUAGGGGGGGUGGAACGAUUUUACGAAAGCGGAACGUAUUACGGGAAAGAAAAGAAAAAAUACUGGUGCUUCUGUUACUCAUAAGCGAAUAAUACCACACCAGGACGACUGUUUUACUCUGUUUCUCUCUUUUGUAUUUACUAAAGGAAAGAGGGGUUCAGAUUUGAUUGGUUCUGACAAAAGGCAUUUGACUACAACCUUUAAUAAAGCAGCGCCCCUUUUUACUUCCUUCAAACGUCAGGAGAAAUAAUGCGUGUUUAGAUCCUGAGCGAACGAUUGUAUCGUAUUUAGGAUGUUGCUAUAUUGAAGUAUUUCCCCCAUAAAUAUUAAUUUGCUGUUAUUGUGGCUUUUAAUUAGAUUUUUAGCUGAAACGGUGGCCCUUGGUGAUUCAUAACAAGCACUUUGAGGGUCAAAAAAACCCACAGAGGCUAAACUAAAUUAACAUCAAUGGCUCCUAAUGAUACAUUGAUAUCCUGUGAAGAGAAACAGCAUUGUUUACAGCAUUACUACAUUUAAAGGAAACAUUUCCGAGUGCUUUUAAGACCUAAUCCCAUUUCUACCCCUUAGUCUCUGCUUUCUUUUUACUAAAAAAGUUGCCAUUUUUUAGGUCAAUAUGGCUUGUAGAAACUCUAUUCGUUUUUGAAAUGCUAAUGGUCUAAUCCGAUUCAAUGAUCUAUGCUAAGCUAAGCUAAAAGUGCUCCUGCCAGACACUGAGACUGACUGAAUGGAUUAAAAAUGAAAAGUUGCUAUUGUCUAAGUCAGGGGAUCUCAAUCUCAGUCCUGGAGUUCCGGUGUCCUGCAGAUUUUAGCUCCAACCCCAGUCAGACACCAGAACUAGCCAAUCAAGCUCUUACUGGGCUGUCUUGAAAAAUCAUUGCAGGCAAGUUAGAGCUAAAUUCUGCAGGACACAGGACCUCCAGGACUGAGUUUAAGAACCCCUGGUCUAGGUCAAUAUGACUAGUAGGAACUCUGGUCUUUUUUUGAGCGAGAUGCUAAUGGUCUAAUCCGAUUCAAUUAUCUAUGCUAAGCUAAGCUAAAAGUGCGCCCACUUUGGAUUAAAAAUGAAAAGUUGCUAUUGUCUAGGUCAGGGGUUUUCAAUCUCGGUCCUGGAGGUUCUGUGUCCUACAGAUUUUUGCUGCAACCCCAAUCAGGCACACCUGCGCUAGCUAAUCAAUCUCUCAUUAGGCUGUUUAGAAACAUCCUGUAUAUUAAGGCAAGUUGGAGCUAAAAUCUGCAGGGCACCGGACCUCCAGGACAGAGUUUGAGAACCCCUGGUCUAGGACAAUAUGGCUAGUAGAAACUCUUUGGUCUUUUUUUUAAACGAGAUGCUAAUGGUCUAAUCCGAUUUAAUAAUUUAUGCUAGGCUAAGCUAAAAGUGUUCCCACCAGACACUGAGAUUGAUUGAAUGGAUUGAAAAUUAAAAGUUGCAAUUGUUUAAGUCAAUAUGGCUAGUAGGAACUCUGGUCAUUUUUGAACAAGAAGCUAAUGGUCUAAUCUGAUUUAAUGAUUUAUGCUAGGCUAAGCUAAAAGUGUUCCCACCAGACACUAAGAUUGAUUGAAUGGAUUGAAAAUUAAAAGUUGUUAUUGUCUAGGUCAAUAUGGCUAAUAGGAACUCUGGUCAUUUUUGAGUGAGAUGCUAAUAGUCUAAUCCGAUUCAAUGAUCUGCUAAGCUAAGCUAAAAGUUCUCCUGUAACACACUGAGUGACUGAAUGGAUUAAAAAUAAAAUAUUGCUAUUGUCUAGGUCAAUAUGGCUAGUUGGAACGCUUUGGUCAUUUUUUAAUGAGAUGCUAAUGGUCUAAUCCGAUUCAAUAAUCUAUGCUAAGCUAAGCUAAAAGUGCUCCCACCAAACACUGAGAAGAAAUAAAACUGAUAUAAACAUGUAAAGCUUGUAGUUUGUCCUCCUAAAAGGAUCAACGGUUUUAUUCACGUCACCUCAUACUUCAGUUUCUCAUCAAAUUAUGACCAAUCAAAUGCUCUCUAGUAUCUGACAUGCCCCGCCCCCUUCAAGACGCUUCUAAUUUGAUGCGCUCGAGCUCAACCACUGUCACUGGCAGAGCUGUCAUAAAACAAAACACUAUUGGCUGUUUUUAAAAAGGGGAGGGGCUAAACUAUGCCCCACCCUCUCUUCGUAGUUCGGUUGAGAUCAUGUCAAACAUCGAAUAAAAUCGCACAUUUCAAAGCACUUCACAGGACCUUUAAGUCUUUAAUGUAUCAAUAAUAGCUAACUUGUUUUUGACUUGUCAAACAAUAUGGCAACUCUUAAAUACGAUCUUCGCUUAGGAUCUCAAACGCACCAAUCCCAGAUGAAAAAUGUUUCGGUUGGAGAAAAGGUCAAUAAGAAGCGUCGCGAGCAAUCAGAUUCGUUUAGGUGAGAUCGUGUCGAUGUGAACGUGUGUAGGGUUUUGUUAGUCGUAGUUUAGAGCACACGAGAGUCAGAAAUGCGUCGGGGGGAAAAUAAAAAACAAAACAUAAAAAAAAAAACAUGGCCGCCCGUAUCGUCCUGUAUGUAAAUGAGCUCCCAUAGUGUUCGUGCUGUAGUGUAUAGGUGAGCAUUUAAAGGUUGUCCCAUUCAAAGUGCCUUUUGUUCACAGACACCAUCUUGUAAAUGAUGAACGCCCUUGUCUUUUUCCUCCUCCUGAGCUUUUCUCAAGCCGUAUACACAGUAUAUAGUGCUACAAAAUGGAUGUGAUUUCGUUCUUUUUAUUGUACAAUGAUGGACGACAAAAAAAAGAAAGAAAAAAAAAAGAAAAAAGUCCCUUUUUCUCUGUACCUCUGUCUUUAUCAGUCUCUCGCUCUGCUCUUAGAUGUCUAUCCUUAUCUUUCCUCCCUACUUUUGAUGAAAGAGUUGGAAAAAAAAAAUGUUGAACCUUUUUCUCUUUGAGCAAGAUGUUGUAAACUCUAAUGUUAUAUCCCUGUCUGUAUGCUUCACAUGUUUAUAUCAUACACAUCUCUCUCUUUCUCUCUCUCUCUCUCUUGGGUCAAACGCAGCGGGCUCUGUGCUGAAUCUGAAGCAGGACCGUCCUGACAGUAACAUGCGGUCCUGCUAGCAGAUGUUGUUUUGGGAUGUGGACGGAGAGCACUGGAUCGGAGCAUGCGUAGCAGCUCUAGUUUAGUUAUUUAUUUCCAUUUCCUUCAUAAGUCAGAGUCUCACUGUUGACUUUGAGCGAGUCCAGCUGUUUAAAGAGACCUGACUGAGGAUUUUGGUAUUAUCACCAAAAUCUAAUUCUACAGUAAAAGCAGUGUAGGUCAGUGUUUCCCAAUGCAGUUCCCAGAGGCACACUAGCACUACACAUUUUAGAUGUCUCCCUUAUCUAACGCAUUCACUUCAGGUUUUGGAUUUCUAAUGCUCUGAUGAGUUGAUUUAGGUGUGUUUGAUUAGGAAGACCUUGAAAAUGUGUUCAUGAUGUGCCUUCAGGAACAGCAUUGGGUAACACUGGUCUACAUCACAAUUAUGAUAAUGCCGAUAAAAGAGGACUUUAUCAUUCUGGUCACUUUACCCAGCUGGUGAAUUAACAGCCAAUCAGAAUCCAUCCUGCUCUAACACUUAAAAAAUGAGCGGUACAAUUGGCUACUUGCAACUUGCAGGUCAAUUUGACCCAAAUACUGUACAAAUAACGGGGAUUUUAUUUUACACAUUUGAAUAAAUGUCUAAAUAUAUAUCUGAAAAAGCACUUAUGACACUAACAUAGUUUGGAUGGUAAUAUAAUUAUCAUUCCUGCUGUGAGAUAGCCUUAAUACUGUCCAUGCACUUAUUGUCAUCUAAAUUCAACAGCCUCAUAUACUUAUACAUUCAUUUAGGUUAUUUUUAUUCUCUUCAAGAGUAGCAGCAAAAUCAGUGUUAUAAUCCUCAAUACUGCCUUACAUCAGGACUUAUUUAUUCCAAAUAGGGCUGUAUGAUAUUGGAAAAAUCUGAUAUUGGAUUUUUCUGUGAUGUACAUUGCGAUAUGGAUAGUUUCAAGAGUUUUUAGAUAAAGGAAUUGAUUAAUCACAAUGAAAAACAUAUUUUGUCGUCUCGUUUCUAGUCCAGAAAUCCGAAAAAAAAAAAGUCUUAAAGCAGGGGUGUCGAACUCAAUUCCUGGAGCGCCGAAGCCCUGCACAGUUUAGUUCCAUCCCUGCUCCAACACACUUACCUGUAGGUUUCAAACAAGCCUGAAGGACUCAAUUAGUUUGAUCAGGUGUGUUUAAUUAGGGUUGGAACUAAACUGUGCAGAGCUGCGGCCCUUUAGGAACUGAGUUUGACACCUGUGUCUUAAAGCAUGUAAAAAUAUUGUUUUGUUUCACACUUGAGAAGAAAUUAGUCAAAAUUAGGAGAAAUCGGUCAGUGGGAUGAGCCAAAUAAUCUAGUUUUUGCUUCAAAAUGUAGACAUUUGGACUAGAAACAAGACAAAAUUUCUUUUUUUUUUGAUAAAUCAUAUAAAUUCAGAGAUUAAAUAUAAUUCUGUAGCUCCUAAUCAACUAUAAUCCAGACUCAACAGUGCACAUCUUUGCCAUGUGAUUAUUUUAGAUGCGCACAUUGCGAUAUCAAUGCAUUCAUUUUGUUUUCGGCUUAGUCCCUUUAUCAAUCAUGGGUCGCCACAGUGAAAUGAACCGCCAACUCAUCCAGCAUAUGUUUUACACAGCGGAUGCGCUUCCAGCUGCGAUAUGGAUACAGUUUCAUGAGUUUUUAUAUAGAGAAACUGAUUAAUCACAAUGAAAAAAUAUGCUUUGGUUAGUUUGUUUUGUCUGGUUUCUAGUCCAAAUAUCCAGAAAAAAGUCUUGGAGUGUGUAAAAAUACUGUUUUGUUUCCAACAAGUCAAAAUUAUGAGUUUUUCUUUAAAAUAAGCUAAAUGAUCUGCCAGUGGGAUGAGCAAAAUAAUCUUGUUUUCACUUUGAAUUGUAAAUAUUCAGACUAGAAGCAAGAAAAAACUUUUCUUUUUUUUUUUUUUUGGUUAAAUCAUAUAAAUUCAGUGAUUAAAUAUGAUCCUGUAGCUCCUAAUCAACUAUAAUCCAGACUCAACAUUAGAUAUCUUUGGGAUAUGCCUAUUUUAGAUGCACACAUUGCAAUAUCGAUGCUAAAACUAUAUAUUGUGCGGCCCUAAUUCCAAAUCGACCCCGAUAGACUCACAAAAUGUCGCUGAAUAUCUAAAACUGUGGCAGAUGUGUUAAUCUAGCUGUAGUCAUCUGUGAUCCAGUGUCCGUCCACAAACCUCCCCCCUCCUCGCCGGAGCCCAAGGCAAUCUGCAUGUGUUAUUUACAGAUUCUUUUCCAUUAUAAAGAAAAAAAACAACAACAAAAAAAAAAACCCUCAAAUGUUUGUAAAGAGCAGCACCUGAUUGAAUAAAUGAUGUUCUUGACUGUA